AUGAUGUCUGUGUUCUUCAGUUACCUGGCUGACCAGUGCUGGAAUGGCGGCUGCAUCUACCUGAUCAUGCUCCGGAGGAUCAAGCGUAAAGCCCCUCUCCCUCCAUGCAAUGGAAACGGCAACGCCACCAUCACUGGUGGCACCGGUGGGAUCUACGGUGGAUCCACCCACUCCCUGGAUGACCUGAGCAGCAUCUCCUCCGAGCCUCCCAGUAGCCCGCCGACGCAGAACGGGGAUGGCAAACGUAUGCGGAAAUUCGGCGUCAUCUCCCGGUCGUCGUUCAAUCGUGAUAGUAAAGACAGUAAGGAAGGUAGCUGUGACGAUGGCGGCAGGGAGAGGCUGGAGAAUGGUUACCACGUCUACGGAGGCUCCACCUUUUCCAUGGAGACGGAGGUCACGGAGGUCAUGCCCCCGGAGGGGGGGCCAGGACCAGGAAGAAAGGAUGAGGGGCCCGUGACUGUCCUGCCCCCUCUAGCAAUCCCCCAUCACCUGCAGAACGGGGGAAGGACUGCCACCCUGCCGAACCGCUCCCACAGGAAACUGUCAGAACACAAGACAGAGUCACUCAGCAGUGAUACCUCUAGUCAGCCCAGAGAGGGGAGUCGUAUCUGGAAGAUGCACAUGGUGAAAGGUCAGGAGGGGCUGGGGAUCCAGAUUACGGGAGGGCGAGGGUCCAAGCGGUCCCAGCAUGGCAUCAUCAUAGCGCACGUGGAGGAGGGCGGCGCUACACAGAGGGACGGGCGCCUGAAGGCUGGUGAUGAGCUGUUGAUGAUCAACGGUCAGUCUCUGGUAGGUCUGUCUCACUCUGAGGCUGUAUCCAUCCUCCGCUCCUCUGCUGGACUGGUUCAACUGGUGGUCACUAGGAGG